AGUUUAUCAAAGGUCAGUGGAGAUAUUUGUGAAAUUUUGGAUUUAAAAAAAAAACAGUCACCUGACAAGUGACAUUAGGGUUUUUAGAAGUCAGUCCUUUUCUUUGUGAUCUGAUUUUCAGUUACAUUUAUUUAAUAUGUUACUAUCGUAUCAGUUACCUAAUAAUUUACUUACCAAUUUAACACUGUAGUACGUGCGCCUCUUGUUAGGAAAAAAUAAUAAAGGUUAUAGAUAAAAUUAAUAUUAGUGUCUUCAUCGUUAGGGCCAAUAUAAACAUAAACACUACAAAUGGUUUCCUAUUUUACCAUUGACGCUACUGGCGAGAACACAAACUUUCAGAAAGAGAUCUCGAAUAUGAUGCACGGUUUUGGUGACAACCCAAAUCCUAACGCAGCUACAGUGGUUUUAGUAGAGCAUAUCGUACUUCAACAACUAAGAUCGAUUCUGCAAGAAGCUUUAAACUACUCAACACUCAGAGGUGCGAAAGUUAUAUCGAACUAUGAUAUUAUUUAUCUAAUGAGAAAAAACACCGUGAAAUUAAAACGGUUACACAAUUACCAGAUCAAAAUGGAUCAUAUCGACAUAACACGUAAUCCUACUGCCGUAAAUCCGACCACAAUUUUAACAGGUAUUAUAUUAGAUGAUGAUAAGGAAGGCAAAAAGAAACGCACGCAUAUUGACAUUAUAAAAGACCUGGAUGAAACGGAUGAAGUAAGUUUAGUUACAUUUGACACUAUUGAUUAUUUAAGAAAAGUUAGAGCAUCUAAGAUUACGGAGGCAAUGACGUUUGAGAAAUAUGAAGCCUACCAUAAAGCACGAUGCAGUUCGUUUCGGUCAGGCUAUGGCCUAAGUAAAGGAUUCGUUAAACUAGAAUGCUGGAUAAAUCCCACAAAAGAGCUAAAUAUAUCAAGCUUAGCAUUGGAAGUUUUGUGUUUCCUCGCAUAUGAGACUGUCGCAGAAAUAGUGGAUGGAGUAUUCUUAAUAAGGCAGGAUAGUAAAAAAAAAAGUGGAGAUCCGUUUAGUAAGUUUGAAGGUGGCUAUUUCUGUAAUCCUCAGAGUUUGAGUAAUGCUGUUUAUAUAAAAUCUGGGUAUGAAGGUGUACCGGCAAUUACUGUUGCUGAAGUUCGGGAAGUGUUGAGAAGAUAUUUUACACCUACAACUGGAUUAAACGGUCUAUUUUAUAGGAAUAUGAGUAAUGAUUUGCCUGUUAGAUAUAUCGCUAUAUGAGUUUCUUGUUUGUAUACUCAUAAAUCUGAAAACAGUCUUAAGAUUAAAAUUAAUUUCACUAAAUGCAUCUGAUGUGUUGUAACAGUGUCAAAAUA